AUGAAGCCUAGCCACCGCCUAAUUUCCCCCACUGCACUGCAGCAAACCCCGCCAUGGACUGACCAGGGUGAAGUCACCGCAGGCCUCUCGCGGUCUCGCCUCGCCGGCGGCGACCUCCGCAAUUUCUGGUUAGCGACGCUCCUCAUCGAUCCUCUCGCGCGCUCUCCGAGUGGAUCACGCCCUCGUCUCGUCAUGGAUAAUUUAGCGGGCAGUACCAAAAGGAUACCGCCGAUGCAGACGCCGAGGGCGCGCCUGCUGCUCAGCUGCGGCGAGUCCGUCGUGGCCAUGGGGCGCAAGGCGUACCAGCGGGUCGAGGCGAUGCCGUGCCCGGUGGGGUGCGUGGCCAGAGGCGUCUCCCGCGCGGCGGCGCCCGUGCUGAGCCCGCUGCGGCUGAGGUGGUUCUCGGCGCUCGCCUUCGUGGACAGGCAGCUCCUCGUCGUGCAGGACGUCGCCACGGUGCUCUUCCCGGCCACCGAGCGCGUCCUCGGCAAGGCCGACGGCCUCGUCCUCCUCGUCGAGUCCCUGCCCGCCAGGCUCGACGGCGCGAUCGACGGCCUCGAGGCGCUCGUCGCAGGCGUCAAGAGCGGCGCCGGGGGGCUGUUCGUUCUCCCCAAGCGACGCUACCGCUACCGAGCCGACGAGGACGACGAGGAGGAAGGCGCGUCGUUGCACCGAUCAAUGGAGAAAACGGCCCGGAAGAAUUCCGACGACGUGGCCCGGAAGAAACUCGAGAGCUUGGAGCUCUUCACGGCGGACAGCGGCGCCGGAGGCGGCAGUGACACCGUGCACGGCGAGAAGGCAAUCAGCAACGUCGAGGAUGAGGGCAAAGGAGAGUCGGCAACUCCGGCGAAACACGGCGACGCAUCAGGCGGCCAAGAAUGCACCGAGGAGGAUGCCAUUCAGGGCGGCGCGGAGAUCGCGAAGGCUGAGCCCCCACAGGCAGCGUCCGACGAGGAAGGAGGCCGCGGGAGGGAAAUAGAGGCCGCCGCUGCCAUGGCCGGCACGGAGAGUAGGGAGGAUGCAUUGCUGGGUCUCUUCGAUACAGCAUGGCAGCAGAAGCUAGCGUAGGGAGCAUGAGUGUCAACAGGUCAACAAAGGUGAACCAUUGGACACUGUAUAUUGUUGUGGAGGUGCAGUAAUCCUUGUCAGUAAUGUGCACUGUAGCAUACGGGAGGGAGUGUAUAGAAUAAAUGUACCCCAGAGAAUAAAAUGCCUGGGUAUAUCAUAAUGCAUGAGUUGUUCACUGCUUCAAAAAUGUAAAGAUGAGCAGGGUAGAAGUAUGCAAAUCAUUUCAAACUCUAA